CUAUUGAUCCAAUAGUAAGAAUUAUAAUUACUUUGAUUAAUAUUUGAUUAUCGCUGAUUAUCUAAUAAUAUCCCCGAUCGUGUACCUCCGGCGCUAGCUAGGGUUACCUGUUAACUAAUAUUUCCCUCUCCUUGCAUAUAAAUAUCCCAUGCAAGAUAUAAUGCAACCAUCAACCUCAUCUCCACAAGUCUCAACUCGUAUCUCAACUAAUACGCAAGUAAAAAAAUCAUGGUAGGCGUUUUCCGGCGGUCUUUCUCUUUCCCAAACAAAAUAAACCCAAACAAUCUUCCAAAUAACCGUGACCACCGUCCAUCAACAGUCCGACCGCCGUUGUCUCGUCACACCAGAUCCAUCAGUCUUCCAACCAGACCCCACCCCUUCAUUUCCCACCUCAAAGAACACAUAGCCCGCCUUCAAUCCUUCAAAUAUUCCUAUUCCACCACCAACUCCUCCUCUUCCUCCUCAGUCCCCUUCUCCGAUUGGCUAUGCGAAGGCUUGACCCGCCUCAAAGACUUGCACCACUGCCUCGAUGACACUCUCCGCCUUCCCCAAACCCAAGAAUCCCUCCGCCGUCUCAAAGGCUGCUGCUCCGUCGAUAACCUUCUCGACCAAUUCCUCCGUUUCGCCGACAUAUACGGAAUAUUCCGCACCUCCGUUUUGGCUCUCAAACAGGAUCACUCCGCUGCUCAAGUGGCUUUGAGGAAGAGAAACGACUCCCAGGUAGCAUUGUACGUCAAAGCUAGAAAGAGAAUGGCCAAGGAAAUGAUUAAGCUAGUCAACGCACUUCGUUCCAUCGCACGGCCAGCACCGGCCGCCGUCACGCCGUUCGAGUACGUUGGCGAUGAUAUUAGUUACUAUAACGUUGACCAUGAACUGGCGGGUGUUAUGAGCGAGGUUGUUCAAGUGACGGUCGCGGUGUCUCUUGCACUUUUUACUGGAGUCGCGGCAGACAUAUCAUUCGGCGGGCCCACAAUAUCAUCAUCCAAAUCGACUGUCACGUCGUCAAUGCGGGCAACGUGGAUGGGAAUAUUCAACAUCAAGGCAACGUUAGACAAUCAAUUAUGUACUGAUCGUCACGAAAACCCAGUACGAGUUAGUAAUAAUAUUGGAGUUGAGAGCUUGCGUAACUUGAGAAAGAAAGGAGAUGAAGAAGUCAAAACAACAUUAAAGAAGAUGCAGGGAUUGGAGGCGUCCAUCGCUGGGAUUGAAAUUUGCUCCGAAACAGUUUUCAGGAGUUUAAUCAACGCUAGGGUUUCACUGCUCAACACUCUCACCCUACUCUAAAUUAUUGUUUACUGCUUGUGUACAUUUAAUUAAAUAUAUGUCUUCAAAUUCUAUUAUAUUUUUUUCCUUUUUACUUUCUAUACAAAUUAAGUAAUGUUCUUGUUGA